AUGGCACCGAUACCGGCUUCCUCGCAAACCCCCGACACCAUCACCCCAGCCCCCAUUCCCGCUCACACCACAACCACCGAUAUCGAACUCAACCCCCUCCCCAUCCAAAAGCCGCCUAGCAAAAAGGAAACCACCGCCGCCGACCCAUUCCUCGUCACCUUCAUCCUCCCAACCGACCCCCACAACCCAAAAGACUGGCCGACCGGGAAAAAAUGGGCUGUCACCGACGUCCUCUCAGCCACGGGCUUCAACCGCAUCAUGGUCUCGACAAUCAUGGCGCCAGCCCUGCCUCUAAUUUCAUCAGAACUACACAUGAACUCCACCGAAUCCGCGAUGGCGCUCUCGAUUUACCUCCUCGCGACGGCGAUCGGACCGCUACUAAUUGGACCGCUCUCUGAAGUCUACGGACGCAAACCAAUUUUGCAUGCGAGUAACGUCUGGUUCCUUGUCUGGAACCUGGUAUGUGGCUUUGCAAACACCAAGCAGGUUCUCAUCGCCGCGAGGUUCCUGGCUGGUUUCGGGGCGUCAGCUAUAUACGCGCUGGCUAGUGGUGUUCUCGGCGAUGUAUGGCGCCCUGAGCAGCGGGGGAAGAGUCUGGGCGUCUAUCUGCUUAUCCCGUUACUUGGAAGCGCAGUUGGGCCAAUAAUCGGCGGCUUCAUGGCCGGCCGCACAACCUGGCGCUGGAUGUUCUGGUCAACCUCCAUCUUCCAAGCCAUCAUGAUCGCCGUAUCCUUCAGCGUCUUCGACGAGACGCACGCGCCCACAAUCCUCAGGAAACGUGCAAGGCAACUCCGUCGCGAACGGAACGACGGCCGGUAUAAAACGCUCGAGGAGCGUCUGCACGACCAGCAUCAUCGCCAGUGCCGCGCAUUCACCCGUCCCCUCCGUCUACUCCUCACCCACCCGAUAAUCCAAAUCAACGCCCUGAUUUCAGCCUUCGACUACGGCAUCCUCUAUAUCGUCCUGUCCACUUUCUCCUCCCUCUGGACCGAACGGUACAAUGUCUCCGUCGAACUAAGCGGACUCCACUACAUCUCCAUAGCCCUCGGCGAGAUCCUAGGCUCGCAAGUAACAGCCUGGCUAAUGGAUCGGCACUACGCGCGCCACGCAUCCACAUCCACGUCUCCAACCCCCAACCCCGAGUCGCGCCUCCCGCUAACCCUCCUCGGCGCCCUCCUCGGCCCGCUCGGUCUCUUCUUCUACGGCUGGGCCGCCCAAUAUACACCCCACUGGUCCAUCGUCGAUCUCGGCAUGCUCAUCGCGUCCUUCGGGAUGCAGAGCAACGGCAUGCCGAUGCAGGCGUAUAUCAUCGAGACGUACCCGCAGCAUAUCAGUUCAGCGGCGGCGGCGGCACAGCUGCUACGGAGUCUGACGGCGUUUUGUUUCCCGCUUUUUGCGCCGAGGAUGUAUGCCGUUCUCGGGUUUGGGUGGGCGAAUAGUACGCUUGCGUUUGCGGGGUUGGUGCUUGGUGUCCCGGCGCCGUUGGGGCUUUGGUGGGUUGGUGCGAGGUUGAGGGGGAGGAUGGGGAGUAGUUAUUGA